AUGAUGGAAAAGAUUUUUAGAGCAAUGUCUCGAGGAAAUAUUUUAACAUAUGAUGACUGGAUUUACGGCAUGAAUAUUUUCCUCAGGGGAAGUUUUCUCCAGAUGGCAAAUUUUGCAUUUACGGUUUAUGACCAGCAGAAGCGAGGCUAUUUGACCAAGGAAGACAUUCAAUUCUAUCUUAAAGAUGUUCUGGUUGUUAGAAUUACAGAAGAAGAUGCAGAUGAACUGUAUACAGACAUGGUGGACAUGGUAUUAGGCCUAAUGGAUAAAGAUAGGGAUGGCGUAAUAAGUAGAAAAGAUUUUGUUCAGAGCGUCAUGGCUGAACCUCUUCUGAUCGAAGCACUGGGUGAAUGCCUUCCCAACAGUAAAAGUGUUCUGACAAUUGAAUCUCUUAUCAGACAAGGAAAAGAAAGAGUUCAUAUCUCCUAUCAACCAAAGAAAGAAGCUGAUCUAUAA